CUUCUACAUCCACCGUUUUGGAUUUUAUCCGUUGAACAACACUUUAUAAGAAAGCCGAAGAUCUCGAAUCAUCCCAGACUAAUCAGUGACUCUGCCCAACACAGCUGCGAACAAUUUCAAGCAGUCUCGACCGUGAAAAUUUCUUAUCUUGCUGCACCGCGGAAGCAGCCCUUGUUCUCGAGCUACCUCCACAUGCCCAGAAUCUGAGAAUGACUGCCUUUCCAGAAUGUGAAAUCAUGAAUCAUGCCUCCAGGGAAGAAGCGAAUACGCGAGAUUAAGACCAAGACAAAGACUUUCUCCGGGUGUUGGACCUGUCGAGGAAGGAAGGUCAAGUGCGAUGCUACUCGCCCUCAAUGUGCUCGAUGCUUGAAAGCCGGCUUGCAUUGCGAAGGCUACGAGUUGCGAUUGUACUGGAUAACCGAUGACGACACCGUUGCACCUUCGGCGAUCAAACGCCAGGCCAUGACAUUGGAAGGAUUGAAGACGUGGUCGUUCACACUGGAUGAGGUGGAUCAACAGAUUGCAGGUAUCGACGCCUGCGAGGACAAUCACUCGAAUCUUGCCUACAUUUCCAGGGGCCCAUUCAGCGUCUUUCCAACACUAAAUAAUCCCGAAGCAGAACCACGUCCCAGGAGAUCAGGAGCUAGCGACAUGGACUUCGACAGUAUCAUGAGUAGCGCCCAACUGCUGGAGGCCAACGCAGGACCAAUACCCUUGAGCGCUGUAUACCCACCUGGAAACCCGGGAAUGCAGCCUUCCACAUCAUCUGUAAGAGGGGAAAGCCCUUCCUCCUGGUUUGAGCUGAACCCAGAACUCUUUCAAGAUCCUGUCAUCCAUCAGCUUAUGGACAACUACGUCGGGGUCUGUGCUAAAGUUCUUCCACCUCUGCCGCAUCCGGAGAACCCAUAUGCCACGAUCUACGUCCCCAAGGCGAUGGCUGGCGCCUCAAAUGUCUUGUUUGGCCUGAACUGUGCAGCGUCCGAAGUACCGUCCAGCAACAUUGCUAUCUUCUAUGCCGUCUUGGCCACUUCUGCCUUCCAUUUACGCUCGACCAAUGCUGAAAGUGGCCUGAGAUUUGAUGUCCUUGCAAGAGGAUUCCGUGCCAAAGCAUUCGAGUCCCUGCAGAAGGCAUUGCAAGAACCGCUGGAAAGCAUCGGAGAUGAAGCCGUGCUAGACCUGUCCACCCAGUCGACUACGCACCUUGAGGCCAUCAUGUCGGCAAUGCUCACUUUGGUCACCAUGGACAUUAUGGAGGGUUCCAUGUCGGAGUACUGGAUACAUCUCGAGGGAAUGGAUCGCCUUUCGACUCAGCUACAGAGAGAGGAGCAUGCGUCGCCAAAAAUGGCUCGUUUGACAACCAUUUCUACCUUUCUUUCAACAUUGGCCAGCACCACUUCACUGGAAUUGGCCCCGAUUCCUUGGACAGGCGAAUACUAUGACACUCCUGAAUUGCAUUACAGCACGACCGGCACAGGCUAUGGGCUGGAAUAUGCUUAUGGCAUUACCCCGACUCUGGCCAACAUCAUGCAACAAAUCCAUACCCUUUCUCGCCAUAUCUCCUAUUACACUGCUACAUCCGACCCAUUUCCCCCGACAUUGAUUUCAGCUUGCAGAAAGCUCUCGGAUACUCUUUCGUCCUGGUCGAUCGACUCAGAAGCCAUUGCUGAACUCUUCCUGAGCUCGGGCACAGACUUCGCUCACCAACUGGGCAAACAUCAUAUCCUCGCUUUUGCGCACGGUCUCCGCGUCUACUACCACAUACGAAUUCUUCCUUGCAGAUCGUCCGAAAUGCGGGAGCACAUCGACCGCGUGGCGAGGCAUCUUGUUGAGAUUGAAGAGAUCAAGUCACGGGCUGGCUACGACCACAACAUCUCCGCGACAAUCACCUGGCCUGGCUUCAUUGCUUCGUGCGAGGCAGAACGAGGUUAUUGCCGGGAGGUGUGGUACCAGUGGUGGCAUGGGAUGCUGCAGUACGGCAUCGGAAACAUUGCAGAGUUAUGGAAAGUCGUUCAACAGGCUUGGGCAAUAAGGGAUAAUGAAGGUCUCAAGGAAAUCCCUGCCUGGGUGCCGGUCCUUCGGCGAAGUUGUCAGCGAAUAUUAGCUGUGUGAAGAGCAGUACAUCUUAUUCUGGAAUGGCCGUCGUUACUCGAAUAUCGAUCUCCUCAACGAUCGAAACCCUUAGUGUGGAUGUACUUGUUGUGGCUUACACUGGCUUGUUGCCAAAUCUAAGUUUCAGCCAUCAUACUCUCCAGCACUGAACCCAGACGCCUAAUACCUUCGACGAUUGUAUCUUCAUCUUCCUCCCAAGCGAAGCAGAUGCGCAGGCUAUGGGAGACGGCCUUCUUUUCGUUUCUGGACACUUCAAAGAUCUCGCCUUUUGCAACACUCACGUGCUCCUCUCGCGCCACUGUCGCAACAAACUUAGACGCGUCAAGCUCCUGUGGCAGAUGGACAUACAGAAAGUAUCCGCCCUUGAUCGCUGGCUGUUCCUUCUGGUCCUCCUGUUCUGACUGGAACUCGGGAUCCUCCGCAUCGAGGACGGCUCCGUGCGGGACGAGGUACUCAUUCACAGCUUUGACGGCAGAGAUAGCUCGACCUCGGUACGAUGGAAGAAGCACGUCCUCCAAGUGUGCUUGAAGGCUGCCAGAAGUGAGUGCUUCAGCAAUGAUCGCCGCGGUAAAUUGACUAGGAGAUCCCCCGCUGCUCAGAGAUCCACACCGCGAUAGACCUCUCGCGAAUUGAGCUGUCGACUCUGUCCAUCCUGUACGCAAACCAGGACCGAGCAAUUUCGAGAACGUGCCGUUGCUGACGACAUGACCGAAGUGCGAAGCCACUCCUCCAUCAAACGCGUGGUCGAUAUCCACGAGGCGAGGCAUGACGGCCUUCCCGGGGAACGAUGGGUUCCAGUGGAGCAUGUCGUACACAUCGUCUGUGAUGAUCAAAGCAUCGUGUACUCGAGCAAGGUCGACGAGUUGUUGGCGGCGGCGCAGGGACAUGACUUUGCCGGAAGGAUUUGCGAAAGUCGGCACGCAGUAAAUGAUGUACCGAUACAAUUUCUGCCCUCCAAGUGGUCGUUUUGUACGAGGUCCCUUAGGUGGUCCUUCCAUCUCGGCAACAGCCAAUAGCGCUCUCAAGCGGCCGAUGUCAAGCCCCUCCUCGUCCUCCGGUACGCCCUUCAAUCGUCCAACGAAACCAUUGUCUUCGAAGAUGCGCGCUGCAAGGAAAUAUGUUGGAGUCACCAUGAUGACAUUCUUCGUGUACCCGGGAUCUGUGUACACUUGAAGGAUGUUUGCGAGGCCUGCGCUUGCGCCAGCGGUGACGGUCAGACGUGACGGUUUUGUCCAUGGAGAAGAAUAGAAUUGGGUCAGAUACGUUGUAAGAGCUUCCUUCAGAGAAGUCUCACCGGAUGCUGGACCAUAGAGGAGGGCCUCAGUGGCUCGGUCAGCGUCUGCGAGGAACUCUCGUGAUGCCUCUUGGAGGACCGAGACGGGAAGAAGGCUCUGCGCGGGCCAGCCACGGAAAAGAUCGAUGAACUGAGACGAGGACAUAUUGAGCGAGUGUCGAGAUCGGAUUACCCAGGAAGGUCAGAUUGUGUGCCUCGAGCGAAGGAAUGUUGGAUCAUGUCGAGGUCAUGAAAUUUGACUGCGAGACUAAGGUAAAAGGCAUUGUUGUGUUGGCAGUGAAAGGCAUUGUUGAUUUUGGCAGUGAAAGCAAAGCCGUGAAGAACUUGCCUUUGUUUCCUUUCACUGAACUCGAGGAAGUGUACCGCCAUAGGCGCCGUGCACCGCAUGCACCGACAAAGAACUUCCCGACAAAGCAAGCGCGGUUGCUGAUGGGACAAGCCGUGAACGUCUAUCGGACUCCAUACUGGAACGACGGGGAUAGUUGGUGCGGCCGAUGAGGGUUUUGUGGAUGGAAAUGGACAGGAGACUGUGAGGCCCUCUGGGAACUCGCAGGCAGGCUCGAGCAAGGAUCAACCAGCCGCCUCCUUUCCAGUUCCGCCAAAGAGAUGAAAACGAAGUGGUGUGGACGGUGUUGUCGACACAUAUAGUCUGAUCUCGAACGGCGCGGACGGCGCAUCCUUUCUGAGGAACGAACAGACCUGAGGCAUAAUCUGCCAUCAAAUGGAGCCACUGUCGUCGUCAGGAAGACGGACGGCUCAUGAGUCGAAUGUAAUUUGAUCACCGCCUGGGACUCGAAAGGAGUGCUGACUUUAUCAAUUACUAGUAUCUCAACGACGGCCUUGCGACUCGGUCUGUGAGAAGCCUGGCCUCCAGGGUGCUUCGCUGACUGCUUCCCUUUCUCCCGGUGGGGCGUUGAUCCUGACGCCCCUUGUUUAUGCCUAGCCGGACCAUAUGCUGUGCCAAGAUCUGGGCAAAGAGAUAGCAUCAAGCAUGAAUUGCCAAUGGACGACCUAGACUGACUCGCCUGGUUGCGCGUUGACGGCCUUGUUAUCUUCUCCGGUGUGACGACUAUACCAUUCAAUUGGAAACUUGUUUAAUGUACGGCUCCCAGAGUGGCCGGGUUGAGUGUUAUCUAUGCCUAUGGUGGGCCUGGAAUCCUUGGCCGCGAUCAUUGACCUGCCAUAGAGCUGAUAUGGUCGUUUCCCGGUAAGGAACAUGGGCUACUUGUACAUGCUCUGACAUCGCUGUGAGCUCCCGUGGCAGUAUAGACUUCCAUUUCCUUAUCUUGAGUCUUGCUUGCCCUAUUGCACUUUGCAUAGCCGACACCGUGCGAGAUAUAUAU